UCUGUGUAUUUGACAUUUGAUUUGGACAGGAACAGGAAUGGAAAUGGAAUAAUUCCAUAAAUUUGUCCCUAGAAUCAAGCAUAAUAAAAAAAAAGAUUUUUAAAGUGAAUAUAGGGAAAAAUAUGGGAACUGAAAUCCUAAAGUCUUUCGGGAAUUUACAACAUGAGCUAGAAGAGGCAAGGAGUAGUUUAAAAGGAGUAGAUGAGAGUAUAAAGAGGUUAAUCGGCAGAGAUCCUUCAGAAUUACCCCCAAGAAAUGUUCAAAAAAGAUCUGUUGAUGAAAAAGGUAGGACUCCAACACACAAAGUUUUAGGAAGGCAGCGUAAUUUUGCGCAUGAAAAUGAAGAACCUUCAAUUAAGAGGAGAAGUAAUAUUUCUGUAUUUAAAAGAUUGUCAGAUAAAGUCCCUGAUGACGAUCAUUCUUUACCGCAUAAGGGAUUAAUUAGCAAAGUAAUAGUAACUCCAAAAGAAGUACCUAGUAGAGAACAAGCUCUUGAAGCACAAAAUAAGGAUGAAAAGUUUAAGGCUCGAAAUAAAAGAAUGUUUGGAGCUCUUCUUGGAACACUACAGAAAUUUCAACAGGAAGAAACCAAACUUAAACAGAGGGAACAAAAACGUGCAGAAUUGGAAAAGAAAAUUGAAGAUCAUGAAAUAAAAGAAAAGGAAGAAGUGAGAAAGGAAAGGCAAGAGUUGUUUUUCAAUCGCAAGAAAAAACAGGCUGAAAUUAAGGUUAUAGAAUUGAAAAUGUUAAGAAUGAAAGAAUAUGCUUCCUGGGAGCAAAGCCAAAAACCUAGGUUAAAUUUUAUUUUAACAAAAGCAAAGCCUCAUAUUCAUUAUAUUCCUAGGAAAAUGAAUGAUCAGACUAAAAAACUUGUUGAAGAGAGUAAUAAAAAUAUACAGGAACAACUGGACACAAAGAAAAAACAAGUAUCUGAUGAGUUGCAGCAUAUAGAAGAGAAAAUGAAGAAAAACUUUGAUUACAAAUUUGGCCAUAAAGAAGAAAAAGAUGAAAAGCAAGUAGAUAAUGCUUCAAGAAGAAGGCAUGAUACUGAUGAAAAAGAUAAUGAUGAUCAGUUUGAUGAUAUCAAUGAAUCUCAUGUUAUCUAUGAGAAAGUUGAUAAUAAAGAAAAAAUUGAGUUGGAACAUUCUGAGGCCCAAGAAGUGUACCAAAAAAAUGAGAACAGUGUAAAUGGAAACAAUCAUGAAGUUCAAAUGGACACAAGUGUAAAUGAUACUGUAACUGAAAUAAGUGAACCAACAGCUGUUAUUAAAGACAAUACAUCUGGUAUAAAUGAUGCCACAGAUGGUGUAACAGAACCCACUGAAGUAAAUGAUAAUCAUAGUUUUAUUAAUUCUGAAACAAGUGUCAAUAACACUGUAACAGAUUAUCAGUAUACAGAAUUUCAAUCAGAAUAUAAUUCUGAAGAAUUACAACAAACUUACAAUAAUAUCAGUGUUCAAAUGGGGAACUUUGGUCCACAGACUAGUGACUGAUGGUGAAUUAAGUGUGGUGUAAAAAAAAUCCUUUCCAUAAUUGGUGAACCGAAAUAUAAAAUUUUUAUCCUAAAUGAUAUACAGUGUUAAUUGAAGAAACUCUUAUUAUUUUCAAAAUUUCUUUGGACUUUUUAAUUUAAAUAAUUAUUUAUAUUUUACACAUCAAAAUAGCAUGAACAUUUACUUACUAAAGUAUGCAGGUAUACUAUAUUGGUGAAGAGCCCAAGAAAAUCAGUUAUAUUAUUUUCCUAAUAAUAAAUAAGAAGUACAAUUUAAUGCAUAUAAAUAUUUAAGAAUUGUAUUGUUAAAUAAUUUUGACACUCGACAAGAUAUAAAUACAUCUUUAUGAAUUUAUUUAUUUUAUACUUAAUACUUGUCUGUAAUUUUGGUUUAAAACUUUUCUUUGGGGCACGUUUUUUAAUAAUUAUUGUUGGUCUUAGUUCUCAUAAACAGCAAUAUUUUCAGUGGCCAAUUGGCUGGUUUGAUAAGGUAAGUAUACCAAUAAUUGAAGGAGUUAAUGGAAAAAGGAAAACAAAAGGAAAACAAAUUACGUAUUUUGAGUUAUGGGUAUCACCGGAUUCAGCUUAUAAAUUAUCUUCGUUAUGCUCUUAUUACAAGCAGUGGCGGCUUGUGGGCACUAGCGGCAGGGGGGCACACACUGGAAAGGAAUCCCGGGAUUCGUAUUUAGAAUUUUUUAUACUCUUAAAUAUGCAAACAGAGAUUUGAGUUCCUCGAAAAAGUCAGACAAAACCAAAAGAAAAAUUAAAAUUUUGUCCCAUUUAUAAAUAUUCAUUUUUUUUCAUCAUAUUUUUGA